AUGGACCCUCAGGUGCGUCUCACCUGGCUGCUUCUGCUGAGCAUCACCCUUCUCUUUGGACCAGGUCCACAGCCACCACAGCUGCAGCUGGUGGCCGGGCGGCACCGAUGCGCCGGCAGGGUGGAAGUUCUCCACGGCGGCAGAUGGGGCGCGGUCUGCGACGAUUAUUUCAACAUGAACGCCGCCAACGUCGUGUGCAGGCAGCUGAACUGUGGAGAAGCUCUCUCUUUCCUGGGACUGUCCUACUUUGGCUCCAGUAGGAAAGGCAUCCAGCUGGAUGACGUGCGGUGCAAGGGGACGGAGUCUCACCUGUGGGACUGCCCGCACGCCGGCUGGGGCAGGCACAACUGCGGGCACGACGAGCACGUUGGUGUCAUCUGCUCAGGUGCGAUACACUCCACGGCUGCACCCUCAGCUGUGUCUUCUGCAUCCACUGCUGUCCCAGAGGAAGUUGCCACAUCCCCUCCUGAAAUCCCAACCACAGUUUAUGAAGCCUCCCCUGCCAGCACAGCUGCCUCCCUCCCUUCCACUGCCGUCACAGAGGGAAACAAGACAUCAGAAAUCCUGACCACGCUGCAGACAGCUCUUCCUCCUGCUCUGUCCCUGCGCCUGGCAGGUGGUGACGAGUGCUCCGGCCGCGUGGAACUCUUCUACAACGGGAGCUGGGGGACGGUCUGCGACGAUUCCUGGGAUCUGGAGGACGCCCAGGUGGUGUGCAGGAGCCUGGGGUGUGGAGAAGCCCUGCUGGCUCUGUCUGAAGCCCAGUUUGGCCCAGGCUCUGGGAGCAUCCUGCUCGAUGACGUGCAGUGCAGAGGGGACGAAGAGAACCUGCUGCAGUGCUCAAACGCAGGGAUCGGUGUCCAUAAAUGCCAGCACAAAGAGGAUGCCAGUGUCAUCUGUGCAGGUACACCUCACUGCGGGGCUUCACUUCAUGAGCUCAACAAAGCCCUAAGGAUUGAACUGAAUGCAAAUGCAAGCUGCACCUGGCAAAUUCAGAAGAAUGUAAAUCAAACAAUUAGGCUCAUUUUCUCCUAUUUUAAAUUUGCUCCUUCUUCGAGCUGUGAAACAGAAAGCAUUAAAGUGUAUGAUGGUCCCUCAACUCAUUCACCUCUUCUUGGACAAGUGUGUAACAACACUGAUGCAGUCCCAGUGCUUGAAUCAUCUUCAGGCAGUUUAACUUUUCUCAUAACAACAAACUCCGUGGAUUUCACACGAAACUUCUUUGUCUUCUACUACUUCUUUUCACCAGAAUCAAAGCCUGUGAAUUGUGGGGGACAAUUAACUGGUCCCAAUGGAACAUUUAGCAGCCCCAACUACCCAGCACCUUACCCUGCAUUCACAUACUGUGUCUGGCACAUACAAACACCAAAAAACUCGAAGAUAAACCUACAGUUCCUGGAUUUUUUCCUGGAACUGGACAAAAACUGCCAGCUGGACUUCACAGCAGUCUAUGAUGGCCUCACCACCACCACUGGCUUGAUAGGGAAAGUGUGUGGCCGUGCCCAGCCCACGUUUGAAUCUUCUUCCAACGUGAUGACAGUUGUGUUGGCCACAGACUCUUCCAGCUCCUACAGGGGAUUCUCAGCUCAGUAUUCCAGUGUUCCACUGCCAGGUCCCGUGGAGCCCGACACAUUCCUUACAUGCUCUUCAGACAGCAUGAAAAUUGUCUUGAGCAAGCCUUACCUGGCCUCCCUUGGCUAUAAUGAAUCUCCCCUGCAGCUGAUUGAUCCAUCCUGCAGACCAGUUGUGACAGAUUUGGUGACAUUUUCCUUCCCACUGACCAGCUGUGGAACAAUUAAAAAGGAGGAAGGUCACAGCAUCACUUACACCAACAUCAUCUCUCUCUCUUCGACUGGGAACGUCAUCACCCGUCAGAAGAACACAGAGAUUAUUGCGAAAUGCAAAAUGGAAAACAACUCAACCUUAGAAGUCUUUUACGUAACGAGAAAUAACGUCAUCCAAAACAUAACUGCCAUGGGGAGAUACAAUGUCAGCAUGGCCUUCUACAGCUCAGAUUCCUUCUCUGAGCCCGUUCAUCAGUCCCCAUACUAUGUAGACUUGAACCAAACCCUCUUUGCUCAAGUCAGUCUUCAGUCCACUGACCCAAACCUGCUGGUGUUUGUUGAUACCUGCACAGCAUCUCCACAACCUGAUUUUGGGUCGCCGACAUAUGACUUAAUCAGAAGUGGCUGCAAUAAAGAUGACACUGUGGUGACCUACCCGCCCCUUGAGCACCGUGGAAGGUUCAAAUUUAAUGCCUUCAGGUUCCUGAGGAGCUUCCCAUCGGUUUAUCUCCAGUGUGAUGUUGCCAUUUGUGACAGCAACAGCUCAAACUCUCGCUGCACCAAAGGCUGCAUCUCCAGGCAAAAGAGAGACAUUUCUCCUCACACGUGGAAAACUAACACUGCAGUGGGUCCCAUCUGCCUGAAGAGAGAUCUCAGGUCUGCUCAGCACUCAGAAUCCCUCACUACAGCAGACACUGAAGAAACCCCAAGCCUGCAACAAUACAAUUUCUACACUUUUGCACUUGUGGUUUUGGUCUCAAAUAUUCUCAUUGUGGUAGCUGUGACACUGAAACAUCACAAACACCAAGCAGGAUACAGUUACCAAAAAAUCCAGAGCUCAUUUUAA